AUGAACACCUCCACUGUCACUGAGUUUGUCUUCUUGGGUCUCUCUCACUCCCGUUCCAUCCAGCUCCUUCUCUUUGUUUUGGUCUUGGCCUGUUACACUGUGACCCUGUUGGGCAACCUCCUCAUUGUAGUGACAGUACAUGCAGAGCCCCGCCUCUUUGAGUCCCCCAUGUACUUCUUCCUGGCGAAUUUAUCCAUUCUUGAUAUUUCUUGGGGUUCUGUGGCUGUCCCCAAGAUGAUGGCAGACCUAGCAAGCUGUGGCCAAACCAUCUCAUAUGGAGGUUGCAUGGCCCAGAUCUUCUUCCAUCACUUUUUUGGAGGUGCUGAGAUGUUUCUCCUCAUCCUCAUGGCCUACGAUCGCUACGUGGCCAUUUGCCACCCACUGACGUACACGACCACAAUGAACCGGCCUCGUUGCUUGAGGCUCGUCACAUCGUGUUGGGCUGGAGGCUUUAUCCACUCUAUCACCCAGCUGAUCCUGGUCCUCCAGCUCCCAUUCUGUGGACCAAAUGAACUGGACAAUUUCUUCUGUGACAUUCCACAGGUGAUCAAACUGGCUUGCACUGAUACCUAUGUCACUGAGCUACUCAUGACAGCCAAUGGUGGCCUCCUCACUGUAGUUUCCUUUCUUAUCUUGCUAGUGUCAUAUGGUGUCAUCCUGUCGACCUUCCGAGGCCACCUCAGGGAGAGUGCAGGGAAGGCUCUGUCCACCUGUGGCUCUCAUGUGAUGGUGGUCAGCCUCUUUUUCGUGCCCUGCCUCUUUGUGUACCUUGUACCUUUUUCCAGCACCAGUUUAGACAAAAUGGCUGCCAUGUUCUACACUGUAAUCACCCCUGCCCUCAACCCAAUGAUAUAUACUCUAAGGAAUAGGGAAAUGAAGGAGGCUGUGGGAUGGUUGAAGAAAUAG